UUAACCUCUCUAAGACUUUCAAACUUCAUGGCAUCUUCAGCUUCUGCGAGCAUAUCAAAUUCUAUGAAUUCUCCAUCAAACUUUUCUUUCUCGACCCAGUUUAUGACUUCUUCUUCCUCUCCUUCUUCUUUUACUAAUCUUCUUUCUAGUAAUAACAAAGACAUGGACAACCUUAGCUGGGGACUUUAUGACCAUGGAACGAAUGAUAGAAUUGGUAUUGAAAUCCCAAACUAUAAGUCAUUUCAACCCUUUUCUCCUCCCCCAGUUUCUCCUUCUUCUUACUUUGCCAUUCCUCCUGGUUUAAGCCCAACUGAGCUCUUGGACUCACCUGUGCUUUUCCCUACUUCUAAUGGUCUUGCAUCUCCUACAACUGGGGCUUUUGCUGGUCAAACCUUCAACUGGAGGGGUAAUUCUAAUGACAAUCAGCAAGGUGUUAGUGGAGAAGAGAAAAACUACAGUGAUUUCUCUUUCCCAACCCAGACAAGGCCUCCUGCAAUUUCAUCAUCCUUCUUUCAAUCCUCUUCAAACAGUGUUACAGUGGAGAAAUCCCUGAAAAGGAAACAAGAAGAAUGGAACUUUGACCAAUUAAAGCAAACUGACUUUUCAUCAGAUCAGAAAACAGGAGUAAAAUCAGAAUUUGCACCAGAGCAGAGUUUCUCCUCGGAGUUGGUGCCACUCCAAGCUAACAUGCAAAGUGUUAACACUGCUGCUCAACCAAGUUUCAACCAAUACAAUCAAUCAGCUCAUUAUAUGAGAGAGAAUAAAAGGUCUGAUGAUGGAUACAACUGGAGAAAAUAUGGACAAAAGCAAGUGAAAGGGAGUGAGAAUCCAAGGAGUUAUUACAAGUGCACAUAUCCGAAUUGCCCAACAAAGAAAAAGGUGGAGAGAUCUUUGGAUGGACAGAUUACUGAAAUAGUUUAUAAAGGAAGUCACAACCAUCCCAAGCUUCAAUCCAGCAGAAGAUCAUCCUCUCAAUUAGUUCAGCCUUCUGGAGGUGCCAGCUCAGAAAUCUCUGAUCAAUCAAUCGCACCAAUAGAGUCUAGCAUGAUGCAGGAGGACUCUUCGAUUUCGCUUGGGGAGGAUGAAUUUGACCAAAGUUCAUCAAUGAAUUCAGGAGAAGAGGACAAUGCAAAUGAACCCGAUGCCAAAAGAUGGCAGGGACAGAACGAAAACGAGAGUAUUUUAGGUGCUGGGAGCAGGACUGUUAGAGAACCUAGAAUUGUGGUUCAAACAACAAGUGACAUUGACAUACUUGAUGAUGGCUAUAGGUGGCGAAAAUAUGGGCAGAAAGUCGUCAAGGGAAAUCCGAAUCCAAGGAGCUACUACAAAUGCACAUCUGUUGGUUGUCCUGUGAGGAAACAUGUAGAGCGAGCAUCACAGGAUUUGAGAGCUGUGAUUACAACUUAUGAAGGAAAACACAACCAUGAUGUUCCAGCCGCCCGCGGCAGCGGCUACAUGAACAAAGCUCCAUCCAUUGCUAACAGUACUGCCAAUGCGCCGAUCCCUAUAAGGCCUUCCGUCAUGGCCAAUCAUUCUAACCAGACAAGUUAUCCAAACUCCCUUCACAGCACAAGAUCAUUACCAGCAUCAGGAAGUCAAGCACCAUUUACCCUCGAAAUGUUACAGGGUCAAGGGAGUUUUGAAUACUCAAGUUUUGGAAAGCAGAAUGGCACCUACAUGAAUCAAACACAAUACUCCGAGGGUGUCUUCCCUAGAGCCAAGGAAGAACCAAAGAAUGACUCAUUUUUUGAUCCCUUCCUUAACUAAAAAUCACUUAACACUUGGAAAAGAUAGGAUCAGAAAAAACAUUUUCAAUUAGAUAUGUCUGUGUUAUUGUAUAUUGUUAUACAUCUGGUGCAAUUUUUUAAUUUGUUUUUGGGGCCAUUUGAAACUCAAGAGACAAGGCCUCCACGAAUCAAUGUUUAAGGUUACUUAGAAGAAAGGUAAAUGUUAAUUUUUUGUAUGCAGUCAUAUUUGACCAUGGACUGAAUAAGACUUUGGAAGUUUCUUUGCUACUGCA